UGAACUGAGGCGAACUCCGCCGCCAAGUGAGUGAGGAGGAGGAGGAGAAGGAGGAGGAGGAAGAGGAGGAGCGCAGUCAGAGCGCGGCGGCAGCGGCAGCGGCAGAGGCGCCGCGGCGGGGACCAGCCCAGAGAGACCCCCCGAGCCCGCGGCACAGGCGGCGGCGGCGCUGAGCGGGCGCGACCAGCCGAGCGAGCGGCGGCCCCUGCUCCUCCUCGUCCGGCGCCAGCGGCCCGCGCCCGCACUCGGCCAGCCGAGACCCGCCUCCCGCCCGCCCGCCGGCCUCGUGAGGGACGCGCCGAGCCGGGCGGCCGAGAGCGGCGGCGGCUGGGAGCGCGUCGGGCCCGGGAGGAAAGUGCCUGCGGGGGGCGGGCGAGCGCGCGGUGCCGGCCGCCCCGGGGCUCGGCGCGGGAGCCAGAGCGGGAGCCGGCGCGGAGCGGGACGCCGGGUCCCGAGCGGCCCGCGGCCGGGGCUCGCCCCCGCCCCUCCCUCCUCUCCGGCGGCGGCGGCGGCGGGCGGAGUGAGCUGCGGAGCCUGGAAUAUGGUCGGGGAAAUGGAAACGAAGGAGAAGCCGAAGCCCACCCCAGAUUACCUGAUGCAGCUGAUGAACGACAAGAAGCUCAUGAGCAGCCUGCCCAACUUCUGCGGGAUCUUCAACCACCUCGAGCGGCUGCUGGACGAAGAAAUUAGCAGAGUACGGAAAGACAUGUACAAUGACACAUUAAAUGGCAGUACAGAGAAAAGGAGUGCAGAAUUGCCUGAUGCUGUGGGACCUAUUGUUCAGUUACAAGAGAAACUUUAUGUGCCUGUAAAAGAAUACCCAGAUUUUAAUUUUGUUGGGAGAAUCCUUGGACCUAGAGGACUUACAGCCAAACAACUUGAAGCAGAAACCGGAUGUAAAAUCAUGGUCCGAGGCAAAGGCUCAAUGAGGGAUAAAAAAAAGGAGGAGCAAAAUAGAGGCAAGCCCAAUUGGGAGCAUCUAAAUGAAGAUUUACAUGUACUAAUCACUGUGGAAGAUGCUCAGAACAGAGCAGAAAUCAAAUUGAAGAGAGCAGUUGAAGAAGUGAAGAAAUUAUUGGUACCUGCAGCAGAAGGAGAAGACAGCCUGAAGAAGAUGCAGCUGAUGGAGCUUGCGAUUCUGAAUGGCACCUACAGAGAUGCCAACAUUAAAUCACCAGCCCUUGCCUUUUCUCUUGCAGCAACAGCCCAGGCUGCUCCAAGGAUCAUUACUGGGCCUGCGCCGGUUCUCCCACCAGCUGCCCUGCGUACUCCAACGCCAGCUGGCCCUACCAUAAUGCCUUUGAUCAGACAAAUACAGACCGCUGUCAUGCCAAACGGAACUCCUCACCCAACUGCUGCAAUAGUUCCUCCAGGGCCCGAAGCUGGUUUAAUCUAUACACCCUAUGAGUACCCCUACACAUUGGCACCAGCUACAUCAAUCCUUGAGUAUCCUAUUGAACCUAGUGGUGUAUUAGAGUGGAUUGAAAUGCCAGUCAUGCCUGAUAUUUCAGCCCAUUGACUUGCUGGAUGAAGGACUAGAAUACAGCAGCUGUUAUAACACGACCAGUCAAUGUGGAACAAACUGUUUCUGUGCAACCCCUUUGUUUCACCAGACAAAAUUUGAAUACUUUUUUUCCUGAAUUGUAUACGACCUUGGUGCUGCAUGCAUGCUGUUGACUUUUAGGACUUUGAUCUCUUAAGGUUUUUUUUUUUCCAGCAUUAAUAUUGAUUUAUAAGGAUUUGAAAAUCUUUACUGAACUGGAGGACACUAAGAUUUAAACUCGAAAAUUCAUUGUUCAAGUAAAGAAAGCCAUGAUGCUCUGUAUGUUAUCUGUGUGUGUGCAUGCACUCAGGUGCCCUUUGUUUCAUGAACAAAUACAUUUCAUUGUACAUGUUUUCUGUUUAUCUCUAAAUCAUUGUAUAAAGUAAUUGCAGGUCAGAAUUAUACCACAGAACUGUUUGAGAGGCUUGUCUUCUGUUGCACAUUUCUUGAAGCAUUUUUAAAAUAACAUGUAACCUGUAACCUUGUUGUUAAGUUUUCUUUUCUAUUAAUACUCUGUCCUGUGGUCCCAUGCAUGCUCCUCUUCCCAGAACUCCUCUCUGCUGCACCCACAGCAUCUGUUCCCGAGGAGUUAUGAUUCUUGACUUACUGCAGGGCUGGGACUCUUAGCUACCAGCUGCUGUUCCAGCACUUUCAGUGCAAGAUCUCCCUGAUUUUGCCACAUGGAAUUGUACUUGUAUAUGAUUACCUUAUUUAAAUGAAUAAGGGGUGAUGGACCAGUUUACUGCUUAGAAAUAGCAAGAGGCACUGCAGUAAAACUUGUUUCUCAUUGUAAAGCUUCAUGUCUUUUGUUUGUUGAAAAAUUUUUACUUAUAAAAACUUAAUUAUUAGACUGGUAAAAUAAAGACCAAAAUAUGCAGAUUUCUAAUUGGCAUUCAUAAGGUGAAUAAUAAGUGCCAAAUAAAAAAAUCUUAUUAUGGUUAGUUUUAUUUCUUGCUUUGCCACCUAAGCAGUAAAACAUGAUAUUGACCACUUGGAGAACUCAGAAAAUUAUUUUACAUUUCUAAGUUAUAAUAAAUUUGCACACAGAUAACAUGCAUGCUAUUUAUGUCACAUCUCACAUUAAAUUAUUUUAAAAUAAGCAGUGCCCUUCAAAACAGAUGCAGACAUGUGUGUUGGUAGUAGUGAGGAGAUUGGUAUUAGCAUCAAAUCUUCAUUGAUGACUAAUUUUUAAUUCCCUUCCUUUUAUCUUUAGGUAUGGCUUUCCCAACGAAAGGCUAAGAAUUCAAGAACGGUCUUAACUGAACCCUCAUCAGAUCUGAAUUUAACAAAUGCUUAGUCUCAGCAGCCUCCGGGGGAAAAAAGCUUAGCCUAGCAGUCAGUGACUUACUUGCACUUUUUGCACAUAGAUAUAAAGUAAAAUUAUGUUAUUAAUUUGGUUUAGUCUGUAAUAUUACACAGUGAUGGUAAUUUAUAAAGGAGUGUAUAGUAGUAUACUGACUGCUAAGUGUACUAUACUGUUUGCUUUACUAAUCACCUAAUUCAUUGCAGUUCAUACUUAUUGACUCAGAGUUUAAAACCACAAUCUGUAGGCUUUAAGAAUUGCUUUUAAACCUUUUUAAGUGAUAAACUCUUGAAGUGGUCUUAAGGUUAGCAAAUAAUUGUCAGUAUUAAACAUGGCAUUAUUUAAGUAGUCCUGCUGCGAGAAAGGCACUUCAGUGAAUAUGUGACUAGUAAAGCUUAAAUAUGUUUGGAUCUAAUAGAGUUCAUGAAAUACUGUAACUUGGGGAUUGUAAAUGAAUGGAUAAAAUAGGUUAAGGCCCAAGAUGUUUGAAAUGAAUGCAAUAUUAAUAGAUGCAUAUAUACAUGACAUAUUGUGGUUAAUUUUAAAACUACUGUGCCUUAACGUGUUUCUUAAACUUUUGUAGUAAAUGAACAUUUGAAAUCCAUUUUGAUAAACCUGCUGUUAAUGUUUUUUCCCCCCUUGUGAAUGUUUUCUAACUUUGUCUUGGUAAUUGCAAUUUAACUAGGUGCGGUGGCUACUAAAGUUCGAAGGCACGAUAUGCGUGUCCAUCCUUACCAAAGGAUUGUGACCGCAGACCGAGGUUAGUUUAGUUCUGCAGUUCUUGUCUAUAAGAAAUGCGUUGGGUGUCCAUAAAAUUUGCAACACCACACCUGAUGGAAAAAUGUAAUUGCUUACCUGCACACAGUUUUUUUUCCUUUUCUAAAUUUGUUUGUGAUCACUGACAGAUAUAAGGGUUGGGUUUUUUGUUUUGGUUUGGUUUUUUCUCCCUUCAUAUUUUAACUUAUUAAAUCUUCUAUUAUUAUGUACUAUGAUUUAUUCCUACUAAAACAUAGUCAAUUUGGGGAGCUAUUAAAUUUUGAUGUUGCCUCAGUUAUUUUCAUUAAUAACUUUUGCUAAAAUUUACCUUUUAAAAGUUCUGAAAUUUGGGGUUGGUAUUGCAAAAUGAAUUGAACGGGUGGUGCUUUAAUGAGAGAAGUAAAGGAAUAUAUGCCUCCUGUGUACUUUUGGAGAAAACUGAAGAUUUAGUUUCCAUUUUUCUUUAUAAUAAAAUAUUUGAGCCACUGUAUAAACGUGAGGGUGCACAUGUCAAGUACUUAGCUAAAAUCAACAAAGUGAGGACUGUGAAGAUAACUUUCAUGUAGUUGGAUUUUUUUUUUUAAUAUAAAUUAGAACAUCAAUUCCCUUUUAUUCUUACAUUCUCUUGCCAAAAUGGAUCCUUUGAUUUUUGUCAUUUGCUGCUAAAAUAUAUUAUCUGAAGGUAAACUGUCUCUUGAAUUUCUGUGGUGAUAUGAGAUCCAGCUGUGUGAAUAUCAUUUUUGACUAACCUGUGACUGGAAAAUAAGUCUUCAUUUUUCUCCUUUACAACUUCUAUAAUUUGUGUCCUGUAUAUGCCCUUGGACCCUUUUAUAAAUUAUUUUUGCUUAUUGAGGAAUGGUAUUUUCGGUUUAUUGACAUUGAAUUGUUUUCUAAGUUUUUCCAUCACAAGAUAGGAAUCUCAAGCAUGGUAGUAAAAAAGGAUUUUUUACAAGUUUCUAUUAUGGCACAUUUGUUUCCUACAAAUUAAACUGAUCAAAGUCUCAAAUAUUAGUGGAGGAAAAAGUGCUGGAUUUGCACUUCAAUUGUACAUCUUCUGUGAAUUUAUGAAGGACCCACCUGCUUCAUGUGAUUACCUUGAGUACUGAUGAUAAAUACUAGACACAGCUGUUGUCCACAUCAGAAAUAACAUGCCUUUCCCAAAGACACUGUUAAUAUUUGUUUAGCAUAAUACAUAAAGAAUGUCAAAGACUUUCAAACUAAUGUAUACAUCACUUACAGUGAUUAUUCAGUGAACAGAAUAGACCCCAGCUCCGUGGUCAUCUAUGAAGAUGAUAUUCAUUAUAAGUGUUCUGUACGAACACGUCUCAUAGGGAUGGGGAAAUUUUUGGGAAAGUCACUUUAGUUUUAAAGAAAUGGGACAAUUCCAUGAAUAAUUUGAGGUUGUAUUCAUAUUGCUUAUGUCUACAAUUGUUCUAAAGAGUAUUUUAAAGUGUUUUUCCCCCCAGCUAAUCUUUCCCUAUAUGCCCCCUUUUAGGAGAUUUCUCACCAUUUUGCUUUAACACGAUAAUUAUUGGCCUACUUAAUACUCCAGUGCCUUGAGAUAGUCGGACAUAUUUGAGGAAGAUAUUAUUGUAUUUGGAAAAUUAUGACACAUUCCAUGCGUGGAUCUUUUGUUGUUAUGUGUUUUGAUUAGUUCUGUCACUGUUUUUAUUUAAAAUGCAGUGUCAGCAAACCGAAAUGCUCAUUUCUUUUUUAGUAACAGAAUACUCAUAUACUUAUCACUGUAUGCACUCAUUGGGUCUAAGGGAGACGUCUGAAGUCCUUCGCUUAAAUUAUUUUAUGAUACUACUGUUUUCUCUAUUUUUGAGGUUAAAAUUAUUUUUUAAAAAUAUUUUGAAGAGAAGUUUAUUAGUAUAAGCAUUCAUUUAAUGCAAAGAAACUCAGCCCUUGGACAUAUAACCAUGUAAUUCUUUAUGAACGUUUAGAGUCCUACAUGGUUGACCAAUAUCUAGUUCUUUACUAAAAGUAAACUCACCUCUUUAUAUAUAUUUCAAAACUGAAUUUGAAGCCUAUUAGAGACCAACUGACCUUUUAGUUGUAACGAACUGUAUGGUCUUAUAUGGUGACACACCUGUGUAGGAGGCCAAGACUUGGCAGAGGAUAUAGUCUAGGUGUCCUGGUAUAUAUAUAUGGUCACUCACUUCGUUUAUAUAUUCCACACUCUAAAAAGAAGUCAGAAGUUUUUCUGAGUAAUACAAAAACCAUCACUUAUAUAAUUUGUAUAAGAAACUUUAAACAGUUUUAAUCAAAAUUAUGAGUAACAUCAAAAAUGCUUUAAGAUUUUAUAUUUUGGAAUACCUGUGAAGUAGUAUGACUACAUCAUGUUAAAUAUUUAUUUUCUUCUGUGAUUUUGGGGCAGCAAUUUUUAUUUUAAAUAAAAUUCCACUUUUGAGAAAUUCAGGGAAGAUUUGGUCACAUUGAAGAUACAAUAUUUUUGUAGUAUUUAUAAACUGUUCUAAAUGAUAGACUAUAGAAAGCAUUUUUGUCAUAUGAAGGUAAAUCAGUCCAUUAUUUAGAUCAUUUAAACUCUGAACAUUACACCUUCUGGGCUUUGAUUUAUGAAGUGGCACAGAAUCUAACUUUGCACUGAAUAUCUUUUCAUUCACAUCUCCUCUGCCUUAGUCACAAUGGCAACAGUACAGAAAAUUCUAUCAAACCUCAGAAUAUAGUAGAAAUAAUUAAGCUGUUGAAUGAGUCUUAAAAAUUAUACUACUGUUAAGUGGACCAAGUUUGGUGAAGCAGAAUGUGACAAAGGUUGAUUAAGGAAGGAACAACUCAAGGACAUUGGGAAUGAUAACUUUUCCACUUGAGAACUACUUUAUGUUUUACUGUAAUUUUUAAAAAUUUUUUGUCCUUUUUGUUAUUUUGCAAAAGAAAAUAGUAUUUACAGGUGGCUUCUUUUAAAAUAUAAAAAUAUAAAGCAGGAAUGUAUAUGAAAUGUCAGAUUUUAUUGUAUUUGCAGAGUAUUAGCUUUGAAAUUGAAUAAAGAAAGCUGUUUGUAGUUUUAAAAUGCCUUAUUGGUAUCAAUUAGAAAUUUCUUCUAUUUUUUGAUGUACUUAGAGCUUUUUGAGUGUAGAAUUUUAAAUGGCAGGAUUUUACAGUGUUUACAUGCAAGUGCAUUUUAUAAGUGUUCUAUAUGUGUAAAAUAGUAUUUUCAACUGGAAAGUGUUGGCUAGUGCAAAAGGCCUGGCCGUUUUCUGGUUCCCAUGAUGUUGCCUACACUGCUAGACUACAGUUUAGUAUUGCUUUGUAUCAUGAGGCCAAGAAAUUCCAUGUUGUUUGUAAAUAGAAUAAUUGAAAAAGCAAUAAACAUUUAUUGAACAAAAGAAACCUUGUUUGGCCCAGAGUUUAUGUUGAACCAAAUUGUUCAUAGAAUUUUGAAUUUCUUUAGAUUCAUUUCUGUUAAUCAUCAGUUAUUAAUAAUCACAUCCAUCAUUAAUAGUUGCUUUAAUGCUUGCAUCUGAGAGAAUACUAAUGCUUAAUAGCAGUCAGAUACUGAUAACUGCACUGACUGUUUAAAAAUUCUGUAUACCAAACCUAUUCAUUGUUGUUUUUCAAUUUCCUUCAUUGACUGCUACUAACUAUUAGUUGUUAGUUGUAUUUUAUUUCUAUUUUUUCUUGUUAACCAGUUUUUUUUUUUUUUUUUUUUUUUGUGGGAGUGGGCUCUUCUUCAUUUGUUCAAAUCAUGAUAUGAAAUUGUCAUGAUUUUAAUUGUAUUCUGUAGAUGGUGUCAAUCAGUUUGUCAGAAUUAAACAUGCUUUUUUUUUUUAUUAGUUGUGAUUAGUUUUUCAUGUUGUCAUUAAGCCGUCACUAGCUGAAACUAAUCUCUUCUCUAUCUUUUCUUUUCUUUUUUUUGUUUUGUUUUUUUUUGUUUCUAACCACCCAGCCGCCACCGGCAACUAACCUAUGACCUUCUGACCUCUGAACUCUUCACCCAAUGAUGACCUGACCAUGCCUGCCUGCUGAUCAGUUAACUGGUAAUCGCCUUUGCUUGCCUGUCGUCAGUGCAGCGAGCUGAGGCACUUGUCCGUUCGUCUUACCAUCUAACCAAACAAAAGACAAAGAAAUUGUUGUCCUCCAACUCAGCUUUUUUUUUUUUUCCUGUUUGGGUGAAAGUGGUUCUAGAACCUGCACUGAAUAGUAGUAAAGCAAUAAGGCCCAAUUCAUCCCACAGCACUGAUCAUCUUUUAAUAUCCCACCCUAAGCGAACGGUAAGAAGGCCUCUCUUAAGAAGGGGAGACAGAUGGCCCUUAACUACUCAAUGACAGAGGCAGUUACUGUGAGAGACUUCUAGGAAUCUUUUUCUUCUCAUAGCGAAGUCAAAGCUCUCUCUGAAUGUACUGUGUGAUGAUGCAUCAUGCAUGAACCUUCGGUCAGGGAUAUCAUUGGUGAAGUGAUUUCAAAAAGUAUUCAAAAUUUGAUAUGCUGUUUAGUCACUACAGUGCCCUCAAAGGGCAGAAGUUGCAGCCUUUUUUUAUAUUGCCUGCCAAAAUUUGAAGUAUUAGAAGAAAGUGUGCCAUGAGAGAAAAACGUAAGGAGUUUUGAAACGUAAUGCAAAUAACAAAACUGCAACACUAUUUUUAAAAGAUAAAUAUCUAAGUUAAAAUUACUGAAUCUUUAUUUUACACCUUCUAAAAAAGUAUGAGAACAAGGUACAUGCAUUAUGUGUCACAUUACUGGGCAAACUGUUCAAGUAUUUUUUUUUUUUAAACCUCCCUGUAUAGAAAAAAAUCAUUAAGGAUGUAAAAGCCAUGCUUGCCUAUUUGCUGUAUACAUGUAAUGAAAUUGUAGAUAAAGUGUAGUGCAUUGAAACAAAUGAACAAAAAGUAGAUACUUUUACUAUACAAGGGUGCUGGUGCAGAAAAAAAUAUAUAUAUUUUUGGAAAUGUAGCAUUUUAUACUUUCAAGUGUUAUAAAAAAAAAGAAAAAGAACAAAGAAACCCUUUAUUUCAUUAAAUGAUUUUUUCUGGUGGUUGUCAAGAAACAAAAGACCAAAAGAGCCUUUUUGUCUUUCUUUUUUAUUUUUUAAGUAUUGGAAUAAGUCUAAAGAAAAGAAAGUGCCUUAUUUUCCUUCAUGGUCAUUUAGUCAAGUGUCUCAUAAAGAUCAGCUCCUCCCUCAGAAUACAAGUUAAUGCAUGUUACUCAGUCGCCCAGUAUGUGAAAGAAGAUAUGAGGGAGACUAAUGAGUUGAUGGUUUGAAUUAUAUGAUUUUUGCCACGUUACCUUGAUGCAAAUUUGCCAAAUCUGAUACUGUGAAAAGAUUUGAUAACUUUUCUAAUGCCUGACUAGUAAGUUUUAAAACAUCAUUCUUUUAAAAAAUAAUUUAAUACUUUUGGUUAUUCCAAUCUUCAAUGUUAACCCAAACGAUUCUGAGAUAAAAAUUAUGUGUCAUCUGAACUUCAGUUUACAGACAAAAUUAGAGCUUUGUUUUAUUUGGAGAAGGGGGAUGCAUUCAUUUGGUUUUGAUUUUUAUUUUGUUUUUAAUUAAUUGGAGAUAAUAGGAUACCUAGCAAAUGUUUUCGGAAAAGUGAAUCUUUGUGAUUUUCAUUCUGGAAAACAAUGUUUUAAAUCACCCAAAUUUAAUCACAUGUCUUUAUAUCAUACCAGAUAACUGGUGUAGUGUAUCCUUUUACUGUUUCAGUAACCUUUGCCUCCCCCACCCCUUAACUUUAAAAGAAUGUGAAAAACUAGCAUCAUAGUGCAUAUAAAUACUCAACCACAUUUCAGCUUAAGCUUCUAAUUUCUCUAGAAGUUGAAACAGUUAGUUAUGUAGUUGAAGCAAUUUGUGUGCAAAGCCUACAUCUAAACACUUGAGUGAAUAAUCAUUAACUGCUCAGUACCAGACGUGGCAAAUCUCAAGUGACAGUGGACUCCCCCUACCCCAGCUUAUCAACUCGUCCCCUCUUCCACACCUUCCCAGCAUCACAGUCAGAGGUCAGCAGGAAGCUGAGUCAUUACCUUCUUGGUGACCUCCCCUGCCAUCUUGUCUCACUUGGAAACCGUUGUCAGUUUAUUUACUAUGCAAUAGACAUUCAUUGUUUUGUAUCCAGCUAGCUUUGGUUUAAUAUGCCACUGCUUUGUCUUUCUGUUACACAUACAGUUUUGAUUUAUUUACAAUAUAUGCUGUGCCAUUUUGAUUUUUAUAUUGUUUGGUUGCUUUAAUAAAUUUGCGACACUCAAACACUUGAGGUGAUAGUUGUUAAAAACAAUACCAGUAUUUGAUCCAGUUUCAUCUCAACUGUGUUAUACCUGGACAUUUUAGAUGUUUAUCAAAGGUCUUUUAUGGGGAAGAAAGUAAAUGUAUGAAAUAAUAAAUGUGUGACAUUUAUGGGUAAUGUUGGCUCUGAACAAACUUUUGAAAACUUGGUUGACAAAAUUUUGGAUCAACUGAAAAAAGCAUGACUUUUGAAAUCUCUGAAUGCCUUGGUUCUCAGUAUUAUUCUUUAUUGAAUUUAUUUCUUAUUAAAAUAUGUAGUUUUUAAGACUUUUUUUCUGACAGUAUUAUGUAAUUUUUUAGCGUGGGUAGAUGGGAGUGUCGCUUGUAUGUUAUCGUACAGCUGACAUGUAUUUUUGUCUAUUCUUUAUUAUCUUAGUUUCAUGCUGUGUAUGUACCAUAACCAACCUAUUGCCUAUGAGAAACAUGUAAGAUAAUGUAUUUACAGCCAUUGUUACAAGUUUAUAAUGUAUUUUUCUAUCUUGUUUUAUAUGUAUGUUAUAUAACAUUCAAAAAGAAUUUUUUUCUUGAUUGAGAAAAGGAUACAAAAUGCAAAAUCCACAAUUUUGAUAACUGAAAAUUGCCAAUUGUUUUGCAGUACUUUAUUAUAUUGGGUGUCUUGUCUUUUUUGGGCUUUUAGUUAGCUAAUGAAUGAAUACAUUAGACACUUUUGGGUUUUAGUUGGGAUUUUACAUAGCUUGCAUUUUAAUUCUUUGGUUCUUUGCUGUUUCUAUUAACCCAUAGCAUUAUUUUAAUAAAUGUUAUAAUACCAACCUACUAA